UUUAAACGAUCACCAUCGAACACAAGCAGCUUCUCAGCAUGCUAGCAAACAACAGUGAGGUGAAGCAGGAGCGCCUCUUAGAUAGAGGCGUCGACCAAAAAAAGAAAUACUCUUACUAAUUGAAUUUACUUAUUCGUUUGUUUAAUGACCACCUGUACGCGCUGCAGUGGUGUGACGAGGAGCUAGCCUCCAUGCGUAGAUGCAGCGAGCCGGCCGCCUGACCAGUUAAGACUGUUAGCCCGGCAGCUAACAGUUAGCCCGGCGGCUAACGGUACCACUCGCAGCUGGUCGCUGCUAGUUAGCGUCCAUGAAGAGACCCGACCCCGGAUAAAAUGCUGUGAGCAGGACCGACCUAGCUGGUCUCGGGUUCGCUAGUCGGCGGCUCGUCCUCCAGUGAACGCCGCAACAUGACCGAGGAUGCCGUGCUGCUGGACGUCCCCGUCAUUCGGCAGCUGUACCACUGGGACUGUGGGUUAGCUUGCUCCAGGAUGGUCCUGAAGUACCUCCAUCCUGUCAGCGAUGAGGAGUUUCAGAGAGCAUGCUGGGAACUCAAGCUGACCGAGAGUGUGUGGACUAUUGACCUGGCCUACCUCAUGUGCCAUCUAGGAAUCAGACACUCUUUCAGCACGCAGACUCUGGGUGUGGAUAAAGGCUUCAGGAAUCAGUCCUUCUACAAGAAACACUUUGAUACAGAGGAAGACCGAGUGAAUGAGCUUUUCCUUAACGCCGACAGCAAAGGUGUGGUGGUGAAUAAAUGCUCGGUGACGGUGCAGGAGAUCCAUUCCCAUCUGGAGCAGGGCCACGUUGCCAUAGUGCUGGUUAAUGCCGUGGUCUUGACAUGUGAGCUCUGCUCCUCACCUGUCAAAUACUGCUGCUUCCUGCCUGUGGGCCAGAAGUGUUUCUGCAGGAAGCCGGAGUACCAGGGUCACUUUGUCGUAGUGUGCGGCUUCAACAGGACCACUGGCUGCAUUUUCUACAACAACCCAGCUUAUUCUGACCGAGUUUGCUGCACCAGCGUCGGCAACUUUGAGGAGGCUCGGCGGAGCUACGGGACAGACGAGGACAUCCUUUUGAUCUUUAAGGAUAGUUGAUGAAGGGUUUGGAUUUCACUCAUCGUUUUAGUGACGCGAUGCUGCAGGUCCAGUCUUGGGAUAGCGGCGCCUCCUGGUGCCGCUGAUCCCCCACCCCCCCCCCCCCCGAGUCGUCCUCUCCGGUGCUAAGAAGCAUAAUUGCUCACUCCUGCUGCAGAUUCACCGCUUUUAUUCCCUCUUAGAAAAGUCACUACCACAGAAGGACUAACAGCUGGGAGUUUCAAGAAAUAUAUAUAUUAGUUUCAAUUUUUUUUUUUUAUUCUCUUUGAGAUUAGCAGAUAGACCAAAUGGAUUUUAUUGCGUCUUUGUUGAAUUUUAAUGACUCACGUAAGAGCUAUUGAAAUCUCAAACUGAGCUUCAGCUCAGUUUGAGAGGAUGAAAUGGGGGAAAGAAAAAAAAACGUACCUGGAAAUAGUGUGCACGUUAUUCAGGGCUGAAAAUGACAUUGAGUAUAAACAGUGGGUUUGUGCUGUUCAGUGUGGACGUCCUGAAGAGGCUCAUCAGCAGCCUCGCCCUCCACUUGCCUUUAAAAGAAAAGAAACUCACCUUUUCGUCACUUUUUUUUCCUGCCGUUUCUAUCAACAGGGAAUACAGGAAGUAGUUGUGCUUUGAGAGUCUCAGGUAAUUAAGUGUGACAUCAUCCAUAGUUCGUUAUGUCACCGCAAUACGCCAGUCUGUCUAUGGAACUCAUUCUGACGGCAGGAGAACAUUGAUACCCUGAAACAUGUACCCACCAGACUCAUUCAUACAUUUCAAUUGCGAAAAAAGAACCAACCAACAUCUUGUGUUUGGUUGUCUUGGCAACAUGCUGCAAAAAACGUGUUUGACUUUGUUGGAAUUGGUUAGGGCAUUUGUCACUUGUUUGUUUUAUUUUAUCAUUUGGGUAUGACGUUUUUGCACUACACUUUUCAAACCAGGCAUUAAUUGUGUUAUUUAAAUAAAACAUGAAAUUGUUGUUGAACCUA